AUGUUGUUAGGAUUUCUCCUAGUUUGUGCGGUAACACAGGCAAGCUGUGCGGCGGGCUGCAAGACCUGCGACCCUGGCGACCAGACGUGCACGGCAUGCACCAACGAUUCUCACAAGAUACAGGUCGACGGGAAGAGCUGUGACGCCGCCUGCCCGGCGCACUCCGCGGCCAGCUCGAAUGUGUGCGAGUGCGAGGGAGGAUACAGACCGGUCACCGGAGAGAACAGGUGCGAGAAGGCCUCUAACACACAGUGCAAUACUCCCAACUGUAAGACCUGUGACAACCCCAAAACAGACAACGAAAUCUGCACUGAAUGUAAUGAUAACAAUUACCUCACCCCGACAAAGCAGUGCACGCAGAGCUGCGGAGCAAUAGGAAGCUACUAUGAUGGAGACAAAGCGUGCGAGCCUUGUGAUCCUAGCUGUGCUGGGUGCACCACAAAGGGGCCAGCAAAGUGCACAGCUUGUCCUCCCGGGAAAAUGCUAAAAUACACCAAUGAUGAUCCUAGUCAAGGUGGAUCCUGCGUAGAUGAGUGCAAAGCAGAGAUGGACGGGUGUGCAGAGUGUGGAGCGGUAAUCGGCGGUACGAAGUACUGUUCAAAAUGCAAGGAAGAUAAGUGGGCACCUCAGAAUGGCGUGUGCGCUAAUUCAGUAACAAGGAAUUCAUUCUGCACGAACGCAGCAGGUGGCGUAUGCACUCAGUGUGCUGCAGAUCAUUUCCUUCAAGACGGAGGCUGCUAUAAACUCGGCAGACAGCCUGGUGUCCAGAUAUGUGCAGCGGUGGGUCCCAAUAGCCUGUGUACUACGUGCGUAAAUGGACAGAGACCAGAUACCAAUACUGGAGCCUGUCCUGUGUGUCCAACAGGCUGUGACACAUGUACAGGGACAUCCUCGCGGGCACCCGAAUGCCAAUCUUGCCUUCUGGGAUACUAUUUCGAUUCUGAUAAAAAGCUGUGUGUGAAAUGUACCGAGAAUAGUAGUGCUAUCCAAGGUGUUAGCAGCUGUGUGAGCUGCGCUCCUCCAUCUAAUAAUCAAGGAUCUGUCGUCUGCUACCUCAUAAAUGAUAGCGGUAGCACAAACAAGAGUAGCGGCCUUUCUACCGGCGCUAUUGCAGGCAUUGCUGUGGCUGCUGUCAUCGUCGUCGGGGGCCUCGUGGGAUUCUUGUGUUGGUGGUUCCUCUGCCGGGGUAAGGCGUAG